GUAAUAGUUGUUCUAAUGUGUGUAGGCAGUGUUUGUGUUGUGUGAGUGACCGACCGCAGCUCAUGGACGCCGUGUGGUGUUGGUCCGUGAUCCUGUAUUAACAGCUAUACUUUUCACCGAUAAUAAGACUACGGAUUAAACGAUAAUGGAUGUAGAUCUAUAUGAUGAGUUUGGUAACUACAUUGGGCCAGAGCUUGAUUCUGAUGAUGAGGAUGAUGAGGAAGAUGAUGAUGACUAUCAAGAUCAGGACCAAGAUGUGAAUGGCUUUGAUGAUGAUGAUGGAGUGGGGGGUGAAGAGGAGGAGGUAUCUGCACAGGCAGUGGUUCUACAUGAAGAUAAACAGUACUACCCAAGUGCUGCUGAUGUAUAUGGCCCAGAAGUGGAGACCAUUGUACAGGAGGAGGAUGCUCAACCAUUGACUCAGCCCAUCAUUCAGCCAGUAAAGGUAAAGAAGUUCAGCCAUGUAGAAAAGGACUUGCCAGUCACCUGCUACAAUCUAGAGUUUUUGGCUGAUCUUAUGGACAACCCAAAUUUAGUACGUAACAUAUCUCUGGUGGGCCACCUCCAUCAUGGCAAGAGCACAUUUGUUGACUGCCUUAUACACCAAACACAUCCAGAAUUCAGGAGCAAGGAGGAUGUUCCUGUACGAUACACUGACACACUGUUUACGGAGGGUGAACGUGGACUAAGCAUCAAGGCCACUCCCAUUACACUCGUCAUGCAGGAUGUACGCAACAAGAGCUUUCUUAUGAACAUCUUUGACACCCCAGGACAUGUUAACUUCUCUGACGAGGUGACUGCUGCCAUGCGGUUAAGUGAUGGGGUGGUGGUGUUUGUAGAUGCUGCUGAAGGAGUGAUGCUCAAUACACAGCGACUCUUGAAACAUGCAGUACAAGAACGAUUGGCCAUCACUGUAUGUAUUAACAAGGUUGAUCGCCUCAUUCUAGAACUCAAAUUGCCUCCACAAGAUGCUUAUUAUAAAUUAAGGCACAUAGUGGAAGAGGUUAACUCUCUUCUUCAGCAGUAUACAGAUCAGGAGAAUCCUCAAACCAUCUCUCCCCUGCUCGGCAAUGUUUGCUUUGCCAGCUCCCAGUAUUCUCUCUGUUUUACCCUCAAAUCUUUUGCUAAAAUUUAUUCCCAACAUUUUGGGUAUGAACUACCACUGGAAGAUUUUUCAAGACGGCUGUGGGGUGACAUAUACUUUAACCCUCGGACUAAAAAAUUUACAAAGAAGCCCCCAACAUCAACGGCACAAAGGAGCUUCGUAGAAUUCAUCCUUGAACCAUUAUACAAAAUAUUUGCUCACAUUGUUGGGGAUGUAGACACCCAUCUGAUGUCAUUAAUGGAUGAGUUGGGCCUACACAUGAGCAAGGAAGAACAGCGGAUGAACAUCAGACCACUGUUGAAACUCUUUAUGACUAAAUUCAUUGGAGACUUCGAAGGAUUUGUAGAUAUGUGUGUUCAACAUAUACCCUCCCCCAAGUCAUAUGGCAAACAGAAGGUGGAAUCAACAUACACUGGCCCUCAAGAUACGAAACUGGCAGAAAACAUGAUGAUGUGUGACCCUGAUGGUCCACUUGUUGUCCACACCACCAAGCAGUACCCUAAUGAAGAUGCAACAGCUUUUCAUGUGUUUGGACGUGUUCUUUCAGGAACCAUUCAUGCCAACCAGGAUGUCCGUGUAUUGGGUGAAAAAUAUACACUGAUGGAUGAGGAGGAUUCUCGCAUACUAACUGUUGGAAGGUUGUGGGUGUCUGAAGGCAGGUACAAUAUUGAAGUAAAUGCUGUACCUGCUGGCAACUGGGUUUUAAUUGAAGGAAUUGAUGAGCCAAUAGUCAAGACUGCUACCAUCACAGAUCUUCCUCCCAGCAGUGAACUCCACAUAUUCCGACCACUUAAGUUUAACACACAGUCUGUCAUCAAAAUUGCUGUUGAACCAGUAAAUCCCUCCGAAUUGCCCAAAAUGUUAGAUGGUCUUCGUAAAGUUAACAAAUCAUAUCCUCUGCUGAGUAAUAAAGUAGAGGAGUCUGGAGAACAUAUUAUUCUUGGAACAGGGGAAUUGUAUCUUGAUUGCGUUAUGCAUGAUUUACGGAAGAUGUAUUCCGAGAUUGACAUCAAAGUAGCUGAUCCUGUGGUCAGUUUCUGUGAGACUGUGGUCGAUACAUCUUCACUAAAAUGUUUUGCAGAAACUCCAAACAAGAGAAAUAAGAUUACAAUGAUUGCUGAACCAUUAGAAAGAGGUUUGGCUGAAGAUAUUGAAGGAGAAGUAGUGCAGAUAAAUUGGGACAGGAGACGACUUGGCGAGUUCUUCCAGACACGGUAUGAUUGGGAUGUGUUAGCUGCUCGAUCUAUUUGGGCUUUUGGACCAGAUCACAGUGGUCCAAAUAUUUUGGUUGAUGACACACUACCCUCAGAAGUAGACAAAAAUCUUUUGUCAUCAGUAAGAGAUUCAAUUGUGCAAGGCUUUCAAUGGGGCACAAGGGAAGGCCCUCUUUGUGAAGAACCGAUACGAAAUUGCAAGUUCAAGAUUCUUGAUGCCGUGAUAGCUGAAGAGCCUCUGCACCGUGGUGGUGGUCAGGUCAUUCCCACUGCAAGAAGAGUAGCUUACUCUGCCUUCUUGAUGGCAACGCCUCGUCUCAUGGAACCUUAUUAUUUUGUGGAAAUUCAGGCCCCUGCAGAUUGUGUGUCAUCUGUAUAUACAGUAUUAACAAAACGACGUGGUCAUGUAACCCAGGAUGCCCCUGUAGCUGGUUCUCCACUUUAUACCAUCAAGGCAUUUAUUCCAGCCAUUGAUUCCUUUGGAUUUGAGACAGAUUUACGUAUGCAUACACAGGGUCAGGCCUUCUGUUUGAGUGUGUUUCACCAUUGGCAAAUUGUGCCAGGUGAUCCCUUAGAUAAGAGCAUUGUAAUUCGCCCCUUAGAACCCCAACCUGCCACUCAUCUGGCGCGUGAAUUCAUGAUCAAGACUCGGCGAAGAAAGGGUCUCUCUGAGGAUGUGUCUAUCAACAAAUUCUUCGACGAUCCUAUGUUGCUGGAACUUGCCAGACAAGAUGUGACACUGAACUAUGCAUAAGGUGUAGUCAUUGUUUGUUCAUACUCAUAUAUUGAUCAUCUCUGUAAAGGUUAUUAAUCUGGGAUACUGAAUAAUUUCUACAUGUCUGCACUCUUAUUAAUAGGAAUUCUUUUGUACAAUAAAUAAGAAAAAGUAUAUACUGUAUAGACCAAUGUACUAUAUAAUGAAUAUAUUAUGGAGUGUAUUACAUUAUAGUUUUGAAUAUGAUACCUGUAAUUUUGAACUUUUAUGAGGUAAAAUACAAAAAACUCCAUGAUUUA